AUGUGGAAGCUGCUCGUACUUCUUGUUGCGGCUGCUUUUGCCGACGAUGGUAAUUACGAUUAUGAGGAGUCGCGCGAACGUCAUAUAAUCCUAAAAAAUACGAGGAAGUGCGUCAUGGCUAGAAACAUUAGAGAGCAAAUUGACAGGCAUCAUAAUUACCUUCGUCAACAAGUUGCUCGUGGCAAAUCCUAUAUGGGGAGAGAUUUUGAGGGGCGACAAAUGACUGGACUGGUUUAUGAUUGUGCACUUGAAGAGGAAGCGCAAAAAGAACAGGAAAACCCGGGAAGUGCACCGAAUAAAUACGGCAAGGUUAAAAUCACAUGGGAAUACAAAAGAGGAAUGAUUAAUGACUUACAAACCGCACUGGAAGCAACUACAGCGGAUGACGACAAAUUGCGUCAGAUGAUCAAUCAAAAAACAACACGUUUUGGAUGCUGGGGAUAUCUUGGCCGUAUACCUCCAAAAAAUAUUCGUGGUGGACAACUCGUUUGUAUUUACGACAAAAAAGGCAGAAGAAAGGAUAAAAUUAUUGAAGGAGAAUACUGCUAUGAUGGUGAUGAAUAUUAUGGUUACAGUAAUUGCACUAUUGUUGAGAAUGCAGUAUGCAAAUGGAAUCUCUGCUAUGUCCUCUAA